UGCAAUUGAAAAAUAAAAUUUAUAAAAAAAUGUUAAUAAUUUAGUUUUUGAGCCAUUAGAGGUGUUUAUGCUGGAUCACAAGAGUUUAAUCUAAUUAAAGGCAGUCUAUAGACCUCGAGUAUUGUGCUCAAUACCCGAGAAAAUGUUGAAAAACAAUCCAAAUACGAGAAAGAAGAUGCAGGUAUCGUUUGUGGUUCGAGAUGCUGAAGAGAAGCGUCAUAAAAGAGGUGUGAAUAGUUUACAACUGGAUCACAAUAAUGGACGAUUAUUUAGCUGUGGACGAGAUGCGAUAAUUAGAAUAUGGAAUACAAAUCAAGUGAAUAUGGAUAAUUCUUAUAUACAAUCAUUAGAACAUCAUAAUGAUUGGGUGAAUGAUAUAGUUCUCUGCUGUGGAGGACGUAAUUUAAUUAGUGCUAGUUGUGAUACAACUGUUAAAGUCUGGAAUGCUCAUAAAGGCUUCUGUAUGUCAACUCUUCGUACCCAUCGAGAUUAUGUGCAGGCAUUGGCUUAUGCAAAAGAUCGUGAACAAGUUGCCAGUGCUGGAUUGGACAAACAAAUUUUCUUAUGGGAUGUUAAUACAUUGACGGCAUUAACUGCAAGUAAUAAUACAGUAACAACUUCAUCAUUAACUGGAUCAAAACAUUCAAUUUAUGGAUUAGCGAUUAACAAUUCUGGGACGAUUAUUGCAAGUGGAAGUACUGAAGCUGUAAUAAGAUGUUGGGAUCCACGGACGUGUAAUAGACUAAUUAAGUUAAAAGGUCAUACAGAAAACAUAAAAUCAUUAGUAAUAUCAAGUGAUGGAAGUCAUAUCCUUAGCGGAAGUAGUGAUGGAACAAUCAAAUUGUGGAGUGUAGGACAACAGAGAUGUAUUCAAACAAUUCAAGUUCAUACUGAAGGAGUUUGGUGUCUAUUAGUCAAUGAAACGUUCACUCAUGUUAUAUCCGGAAGUCGUGAUAAGAAAGUUUUUAUGACUGAAAUUAGAAAUCCAUACAAUUCUGUCUUAGUUUGUGAAGAAAAGGCUCCAGUUUUGAAAAUGUGCUAUAAUAUAGACUAUUCGGGAAUUUGGACAACAACUUGGAAUUCGGAUAUAAAAAUGUGGAAGCUUCCAAAAGCCGAUAAGAUAUCUAAUCAAAAGAACUCCUCAAAUUUAUCGCUCAAUGAGCAGCAGCCAGUAGUUCCAGUUAAUACAAAUGAGGAGAAGUUAAUUAAGGGUGGUGCAGCAGUAGAAAAGUAUGUCGUGCUCAACGACAAGCGUUUUAUGGUGACUCGUGAUACUGAUCAAAAUGUGGCCAUUUAUGAUGUUUUGAAGGCAGUAAAGGUUGAAAGUCUCGGCAAAAUUGACUUUGAUGAAGUCGUUAAAUCUCGCAACAAAAUGGUUUACGUUCCAAAUUGGUUUACAGUCGACCUUAAAACGGGGAUGCCAACAAUAGUUUUAGGACAAGACGAAGUUGAUUGUUUUGCGGCGUGGGUUUCUGCGACAGAAGCAGGCUUGGGUGUUGGACAAACAGAAAAUGGAUCUGAUCCAAAAGUUAAUUAUGGUAGUCUUUUAUUGCAAGCACUCUUAGAAUAUUGGCCACAACCUAUGGUCGAAAUUGAUAAUGACAUUCGUGGAAAUGAAUAUUUCAAAGUUCCAAAACAUACGCCAAUUUUAUUUAGUGAGGUUGGUGGUCGAACAGGCUGUAGAUUAUUAGUAAGAGACGCAGCAGGAGAUACAGAAUCACAGCUAUUGCAUGAAGCAGUUCCAUCAUGGGUUGCAGACGUUGUGAUCGAUCGAAACAUUCCACGAUUUAUCAAGAUUCCAUUCUUCCUACUUCCUCAUCCAUUAAUGGUCAAACAAGAUCGAAUGAAAAAAGAUCGAUUAAUUGCCAAUGAGUUCAUUCAGUGCCGUAAAGUAUGUGAACAUGUUCUUGACAAGAUUCUCAUGGAAAAUCCAGCUCCAACGGGCGUUAAUUCUUCACAAAAUAACAGCGAUACAAGCGAAGGCUCACAAAUUCCAGCCGAAGAUAAAAUUGAAUUAUUAUGCAAUGAAAUUGUUUGUGAUCCAUCAAUGGAUCUGCGGACAGUUAAACAUUUUAUUUGGAAACAAUCGAGCGAUUUAACGUUUUAUUACAAGACGAAGCCAAACUUUAGUUAAGAUGAUAGUCAGUCAUUUCACAUACAUUAAAUUAAUGAAUUUAGGAUUCAUUUUGUCUUAAACAAUUCGCCUCAAUAAUAAUUAUAAUAUAAUUAAUUUAAAUAUAACAAGCCCCUUUUUCACAGAAACCUACCUACCUAUGUCAUGUACAUUUUAUGUUCUUUAACUUAAUUAUUUUUGAAUUCGACAAAUUAUUAUGCAUUUAUUAAAUGAAUAUUGAACAAAAAAAAAGAAAAGAAAUCAAAAACACAAUGGAUAGGCAUUAAACACAAUAGAAAUAGGAUGAAAACUGAAAAUUUAAGUUUGGGAAGAUCAUGUAUUUCCAAAAAUCUUGCGUCUUUAUUUAUUUUUGUGAUAUAUAGUAAAGAUUAUAAUCUAUUAAAUAAUGUAAUAAAUAAACAUUAA